UUUUUCUUCUUCUUCUUAUCCGACCCAACCAAUUGAGCUGUAAAACUAAUAGAACAGCAGCAGCAGCAAUCUUUAUUGGCAUUAUUACUCCACGAAAUUGAACAGAAACUCUCUCUAUCUCGCUCCCCUUCAUAUUACAAACAAAUAUUCAGAUCUGUAACUUGGGUUGGAAUUUUGAGGACGGGAUUUGUUGAGGAACGAUCCCCUGAAGCUCCAAACUCUUCAAACCCAUCCUCCCGCUCUUCCUCCUCUCCCAAAGGCUCAUCUCCGAUUGGGUAGCUUCCUUCUCGAAUCUCUUGCUCCUCACCGGCAGAGGCGGGUCGAUUUCCUCAAUGUUGACAGCCACUUUACCAGAAGCAGAGCAAGAAGAUUUCUGCCUCCGAUCUGCAUCAACAUUACCAUUCUUACUAACGAGAUUGGGCCUCUCACUACCAGUAGUGGUGAGAUUCCUGGCGGAGAAAACCCUCUUCAGCUUCAAGUACUUGACAGCUGGCAGCGGCGGCGGAUGGAAUUUGGCCGCUAUUGAUGAAUAGGAACUGGAAGCGGAAGCGGAAGCUGGGAAGCCGCCGAUCCUGUUGUUCCGUUUCACUUGACCCAUACACCCAAUCUUCGGCGACACAGGCUCCUCGCUCUCACUGCCGCCGCUGCCGCCGGAGAAUGGAGUGCUGGAUCUGGCUGGGAUUGGCACUGCUACGACGUCUUUGGUGGAGUUGCGAGAACAGAGCAUGGGCAGGGCAGAUCUGGAUCUUCUGUCGCAGCUGCGGCCGCCAUUGUUGUUGCUUUCUGCCACUGCCUGCUGGUGGUGGUGAUUGUAGCUGUAGACAUUGCUACCCAUUGUUGGGCAGGACUGAUAGAGUGGUAAUAAUACCCCCACUUUCUUUCUCCCCCUCAAUUUUGGGCUGCAGGGGGGGAAAAUUGCAGAGAGCUGGGCAGAGCAGAUCUGUACUCUGUUUUGGCCUUUUAUCAGAGAGAGGGAGAGAGAGAGAGAGUAAGAGGCGUACAGGUUUUUGGAGGUGAAAUGGGGGACAGAGGGUUAUGGACAUAACCUUCGAGAAUAAUUAUGAUAAGAAUAAUGAGGGGGGAGUGAGUGAGAGCUUCUGCUCCUGUGCUCCACAUGCCCCCUUUUUAUUUAAUUAUUGAUUCUUCUCUUCCAUGGCCAUAAGCGUGGAGAGAGAGAGAGAGAGAGAUUGGAGAGUUUGGAAAUUUGUG